CCAAGAUGAUAUAAAACGAUCAGUAUUGCCAACACAAGAAACAUCAUUGCAGGGAAAGAAAUUUUUGACAUUUUUACCUCAUAGUGGAUUCAGUAAUCAGUUUAUAUCUUUAAGAAAUGCUAUAAUGUUAGCAUAUAUCACAAAUAGAACGUUAAUAAUGCCUCCGAUAAUAGUAAAAAAGAAAAUUUCUUUUCAUGAAUUCGACAGACUUUAUGAAGAUCUUAAUUCUG